UUCCUGUCGCGCGCGGCGUCGUGUUGAAGUUGGCUUCCAUAGUAACGUCCAGAUUUGUAGUAUCAUGCAGCAACUCUAAAAUGCUAACAAGGUGAAAAAGGCAGAGUAAAAAUUAUUGAACUAAUGUUAAAUAGCUUUCUCGGCUAACAUAGUUCAACAACACUAUGGACACGUCUGAGGAGAAAAAUAACCACACGCAGGCAGAAGAGCAGAGUUUAUAUCCCACCACUGUGUCAGAGGAGGAGCUGGAGGAGGCCAGGAGAAGAAACAUCUUCAAACACCGUUUUGGCCCCAGUAAAAUCUGGAGAGAUCCAGAAGAGAAACUCCCUCCAAGACCAGACCUACAGGGCAACCUCAUCAUCCGGACCAAGGCUGCAGAGCAUUACACAAAUGGAAAAGAGGCAAUGGGAAAGUCCCAGUAUGAGAAAGCUGUGAUCUGCUUCUCCAAAGCCAUCACACUGCAGCCAGAACAGACUCAGCUGUAUGUCAGCCAGGCAGAGGCCUACCUGCAGCUGUGUGACUUCCAGUCGUCAGCAGCUUGUUAUAAACAGGCCUGGCUCCUGGAGCCUGGAGCCUUCAGCGACCGCUUGGCCUUCAUUUACUAUCUCCAGGGCCAGUGUUUGUUUGACCGAGGCCUUUUCCUAGAUGCUUUUGAGGCCUUCAGCAAAGCUGCUGAGGUGAAGCCAGGCUGUAGGGCCUACACAGUCAGAAGCCUGGCCAGUUUGGCAGCUGCAGGGCACUGCUCUGAUUGUCUGAAGCUGGUGAACGACUGGAUGGUGUCAGGUCCUACCUCUGACCUUUACAUCCUCAGAGCGCAACUGCACAAGCAGCUCAACCAGACAUCUCAGUGUUAUCACGAUGUGAAGUCAGCGUUGGCGUUGAGUCCAGCAUGUCCACAGGCCAGAGCACUGCUGCUGCAGCUACAGGAAGCCAGUGAACGGGUCAGACAAAAGGCUGUGGACAGAGCUCUGACUGGACAGCUGCCUGAAGCCCUGUGCAUGAUCAGUGUCGCUUUGGAGAAUUGUCCGCAGGACGAACGCCUCUACCUGUUCAGAGGGAUUUUGUACCGACGUCUGAAAGACUUCACGGCCGCCAUCGAGGAUCUGGUCCAAGCCAUGGAGCUGAGUGAGGGGGAGGAGAGGGAGAAGGCGGUCAGAGGUCAGGUGGAGGCCAGACCCAAAAGGGAUGAACCUGAAUCUGUGCAAGAGGAGGCAGAGUUUCAGCUGGUUCUCACCUACAAUGAUUUUGCUGUUCAGUGCUUCAGUAGAGGCCUCUAUGCUGAGGCCACUCUGCUGCUCAACAAGGCCAUUGAGGAGGAGAAGGGCCAGGCUGGCCUAUACCUAAACCGAGGAGACUGUUUCUUUAAGCAGGGUGACUGGUAUUAUGCUCUGGCUGACUACCAGCAGGCUGAGGAGAUGAUGCGGCCUAAUGACCCGGCCAUCCGGCUCCGCCUCGCUGUCCUCCACCACACGCUGGGCUCUCUUUGUUUCCAGGAUGGGUGUUUCCAGGAGGCAGCUGACAUGUUUUCUCUGGCCAUUCAGUACAACCCCACAGCCAGUCAGUACUACGAGAACAGGGCCAAGGCCUUCCGAAAGGUGCUAAACCUGGACGGAGCCCGACAGGACUUCAUCUGCUUGCUGAUCCUGGACCCCACCAAUGAGGAGCUGCCUCCUAUGCUCAUGAGUCUGUUCCCUGGCUGCAGUAUGUCUGAUAUUUUGUCCAGUCCAGCAGGACACACAGUCAGAGUUCAGCUGAUGGACACCAUCCAGGCCUACAGUUCAUCAUCGGAACAACAAAGACUGAAUGAGAAUCUCCAAAAGAUGACUCUGACCAAUGAGAACACAGCGAGCCAGUCAGAAGACCCAUCUGAAGCAGGGAAGGCGCUGAAGUUGUGUGUAAAACAACAGGACAUACAGAUAACUGUGAAGAGCCUCCUGCAGGUUGACCGUUCAUCUGUGCACCACACGGGGCCACAGCUCAGCACCCAGCACCCCCCACCAACAUCCACAGAGUGGAACAGGACCAGCCUACCUUUACAUACAAAGGGAGGUCGCACUACAACGGGAGAUUUGGGGUGUUUGGAGCCCACAUCUCAGAAGUGACAGUGGAAUUACGUUUUGUUGUUGUUUUUAAAUAUUGUUUUUUAUUGCAAGUGCUGUUUUUGUAAGCGUGGAUUUCCUUUUGUCUUCUACUUUUUUAUAUAUUUAACACCUUUCACACUGAAGAAAUCUAUAAUAUGCAGAAUCACAACUAUGGUCCUUUAACUCAGACUUAUAGUUGGAAUUUAUACAGCAGAGAGAAAUCAUGCAACACAAGGAAUACACUUGCUUAUAUGAACAAACAGCACAUGUUACACCUGCAUAAUUUUUAAUUUUUACAGAGAAGAGAACAGUAGGCAGAGUUCAAGUCAACACUUCUAAAAUGCUGUGGUAUAAUCCUGUGCUGUAGAUGUACUGUAGACCAAGAGGUGGGAGCAGAGGCCCACUUUUAUCAUGCCGACAUUUACAGGAAGCUCCACUAUUUGACUCCCAUAUCUUGUUUAUAUAUGUCAUGAGCUCUAAAUGUUUGGCUUAAUGUACAUUGUGCAAGUCAUCUGAUUUGUCUAAUCUGCUCAAUUCAGCCCAUAAUUUCACCUAACCCGGGGAGUAAUCUGGUAAGAUUGUAGCAAAUAAAUUUUCUUGAUUGGUGAAGUUGUGGUGAAGAAACUUGAACUCCUUCUAAACUGAGACAAACCUGUGGGAACGUUGGUGAACAUACCUAGAGCUGUGCUCCUAUCAAACAGCUGUCAGAGAAAAGCUGAACUCUAUAUGUCAGACGUAACAUUACAGAGUGACAGGUUUCUUGGAUCAUAUCUAACCCGUUUUGUUCCACUGACCCUCAUAGUUCAGCUGAGCAGACAUAUUGAAUGUGACUGGUGAUCAGUAUGAGCAGUGAAGAUGUGUUGGCUGUUCUCUGAGGGGCAGCGUUAACUGCAGCUGUGGCACACGGGCUGCUGCCUCACCAUAGACAGCGCCCCUCCACACAGCUAACAGCACAAACAUGCCUGCCACAGUCACGUCACGCUGUGCACGUCACUGCUUCACUGACUGACCAAAACUGAGGCAGCAUAUUUUCUUGUUACCUUCCUGGAACAGGCUGCUGCAUGUGGACUAUUGGAGAAAGUGCUGUUUUCUGUUGUAGGGGUCAUGUUUUUAUUUGUUCAGAUGUCUUUCUUCAGUAUGUUUUGAUAACCAGUUCAAUUCCACACCACUGUGGGGUGUAUGCAGACAACGCACUCACACUCUUGUCAGGCAGUAUUUAAUGUGCUGACACUGUCCAUUUCACUGCAACGGGCUGCCCACUGCGACCUGCGGCGGACAGGCCUGGGUCCAGACCCUCAGAUCUGUGUGAGAUUGUUUCUGUUCUUGUCAGAACCACAGGUCCUUCUAAGGGUCAGUUGAUUCUGGAAAUUUUUAUGACCGAAGACAUUUUGCUGGUUAUGACAGCAGCUUUGUUAAGGUUAUGUCUUGAAUUUGGGGCCAAGAUUAGGAUUAGAUUUCUGUACUAUUAAAGCCAGGGAUUACACAGUGUGGUCUUCACAGAUAUAGUACAACAGUCCUGAAUGUGUGUGGGCUUCAGCCCUCACAGCACUGCAGGAUAGACGGUGGUCAUAAAGGAGCUGAAAAGUGUUUCACACUUGUGCUGUGAAAGGUUCGAGUUACCGUCCUGUCAGGGCCGGAGUCGCCGCCAGCCGGGAGGUGCUGAUGGCCCCGCCAGAUUUCUGAGCCCAGACAAAAACACUUUUCUCUGGGCACAGGAGCUGGCGGCUUGGAUCCCGGCUCACAGCAUUCCCUGGUGGAAGGGAGGUUCAUUCACGCUUUGGCUGAAGACUGUUUUGUCUAAGACGUGCAGAACAUGUUUGUAAUCUUUGGGUCGCGUUCAGGGCAGGUGACGUGCGUGGACGCACAGCUCCAUGUCCCCCUGAAGUAAAUGUGGAACGGGAUGUGGGUUUGCAACUGGAUUAGUGUUACUCAACCGGACUGGGCCUUAAAGUAGGUGCCAUUCAGGGCUUUUGUCAGUGGCCUUUCUGCACAUAUCACUGCAUUAUGAUGAUUAGGACAGUUCAGGCUGUUCCAUUCCAUCCUGUUCCAAAAGACCACAAACAGGGUCACAACUUAAUUUUAUUUGCUAAUAAACACUAUACUGUAUUUACUACUGCAAUAAAAUAUACAGGUCUUCAUUACAGUCUGAACAGUGCACAUUAGGGACAUAACCAGAGCCGCUCAGGUUGUGAACCAGAGUUAACAGGAGUCCACCUGCUGAUCCAGAAACAAAUCAAGAUGCUUCAGCUGAGUUACACACCGACCUCUAUGCUGCCAGUAUUCCUCCCUCCAUCUGAUGCUCCACACGGCACAUUGAGGACAUAAAAACCAUAAAAUGUGCUUCAUGGUCAUGUAAUUCUCAUAAGCGACCUCAGCCGCGUGGUUCCUUUCCCUGAGAGACGGGAAAGACGACAAACAGGGAGUGUGGAAAGACGGUGGCGAGCAGACGAAGGGUCUCCCCUGAGGAACAUUUCUAAAGACAAUUUAUAUAUUUUGGACAGAUAAACCAUCUGCCUGUUUGUUCUCAUAAGUUUUCCAGUCAGUUUUACUGGCUCGUCUCAGCCACCGUCUCCCCUUUUCUGUGUGUGUUCUUUAGUAGCAUGUUGCUUGUCCUCAGCUCUGGACAAGUGCUUCAGACACCUAUGAUGUUAUUGAGUCUUUUGAGGGCACUGGAGGCCUGCAUCGCUUUUUGUUCUUGCCCUUAAAUUUACCUACUGGCAACAGUGGCUGGUGGAUUCCUAAAGUUGCUGACUUUAAAUGUUCUACCAGCCAAAAAUCUUUUCUUUU